AUGCAGCGCAUGCAGAGGCAGCUUAACGUCGCCGUCUCAGAACCUACAGAGAAAGAAGAACUGAAGAGGUCGAGCCAUAAGGCCAAGACCGUACACUCUCAAGACAAGCAUCUCGACGCAAAUAUUGCUGUCAUUAGAGCAGCAGGAUUCUUCCGGAAUGUCAAGAGCAAGGGGGCUGAAACCUUCAUGACCAAAUUACCAGAGAUCAAGGAGCAGUUACCAGAACGGUACCAUGACUACGCUGAUGUGUUCUCAAAGACUAAAUCUGAUGAGUUACCAGCUCGGAGAGAAUACGAUCAUCGUAUUGAGUUGGAAAAAGACGCAGAGCUAGGGUAUUGCCCACUGUAUCGAAUGACUGAGGCAGAGUUAGAGGCUAUGAAGGAUUAUAUCCUAGAGAACUUGCAUAAAGGUUUCAUUACACCUAGCAACUCACCGUUCGCCUCACCUAUCCUAGUUGUCAAGAAGGCGGAUGGGGGCCUAAGAUUUUGUGUGGAUUACCGGAAGUUGAAUGCACUGACGAGGAAGGACCGAUAUCCUUUGCCUCUUAUUGACGAGGUCUUUGAGAGAAUUCACAAGGCAAAGAUCUUCACCAAGUUGGAUAUUAGGCAAGGAUUUCACCGAAUCCGGAUGAGCGCUGACUCUUCCGAUUUGACGACUUUCCGGUGCCGAUACGGAACCUUUAAGUACGAAGUCAUGCCCUUUGGAUUGACGAAUGGUCCAGCUACCUUUCAAAGAUUGAUUAAUGAUAUCUUUCUCGACUGCCUGGACAAAUUUUUAAUAGCCUUUGUCGACGAUCUCCUAAUCUACAGCAACGACGAGUUGGAGCAUGAAACUCACGUGAAAUUUGUUCUUGAACGGCUCCGAGCAGCAGGCUUGCAAGCUAGUAUUAAGAAGUGCGAGUUCCACGUCACCACCACGAAGUAUCUCGGCUUCAUUAUUACCCCUGACGGUGUAAAGGUGGAUACGGCUAAGGUGGAAACUGUGCUUUCCUGGAAGACUCCGAAUACUAUGUUGGGGAUACAAUCCUUCUUAGAUUUUUGCAACUUCUAUAGGAAGUUUAUCAAGGAAUAUAGCCGGAUAGCACGUCCGCUAUAUCGAUUGACCAAGAUUGACGUUCCGUUCAAAUGGACUGAGGAUUGCCAGAGAGCAUUUGACACUCUUAAGGAACGGUUAGGAUCCGCACCUGUGCUUACCCACUACGAUCCAAAAAGGCAGACACGAGUGGAAACCGACGCUUCAGAUGGAGUAGUGGCCGGCGUGCUCUCACAAUUUUGUAAAGAUGGAGAAUGGCAUCCUGUUGGUUACUACUCGGCUACAAUGGCACCGGCAGAACAUAAUUAUCACAUCCAUGAUAAGGAGUUGUUGGCUAUCAUCAAGGCCUUUCAUGAAUGGAAGCCGGAGCUGCUCGGCUUGAGGAGUGAAGAACGAUUCGAGGUGUUGUCGGAUCACCGCGCAUUAGAAUACUUCAUGACGACCAAAGCCUUAAGCGCGCGUCAGGUUAGGUGGUACGAGUUUCUCCAAGAGUUCCCCUUCAUCUUAAAAUAUCGACCAGGAAAGAGCAACGUGCUCGCGGAUACGUUGACUAGCUCCCUAGAUAGUUGUAAUGACAAUUCUUGGUUUGGCACCUUCACAAUCGUAUUGGGUAGCGGUCAACGAGAAAACUAA